AAGAUGGCUGGGGGUGAGGUUGGAGUGACUCUCGGGCAGCCACAUCUUUCCCGACAGGAUCUCGCCACAUUGGAUGUCACCAAGUUGACACCACUUUCACAUGAAGUUAUCAGCAGACAAGCUACAAUUAAUAUUGGUACAAUUGGUCAUGUAGCUCAUGGGAAGUCCACUGUGGUAAAGGCUAUUUCUGGAGUUCACACCGUCAGAUUCAAAACUGAACUAGAAAGAAAUAUUACCAUCAAGCUUGGAUAUGCUAAUGCUAAGAUUUAUAAACUUGAUGACCCAAGUUGUCCUAGAUCAGAAUGUUACAGGUCAUGCGGAAGUAGUACACCAGACGAGUUUCCUACUGACAUUCCAGGGACCAAAGGGAACUUCAAACUAGUCAGGCAUGUUUCCUUUGUUGACUGUCCUGGCCAUGAUAUUUUGAUGGCUACGAUGCUGAACAGCGCAGCAAUGAUGGACGCAGCUCUUCUGUUGAUAGCUGGUAAUGAAUCUUGUCCUCAGCCUCAGACUUCUGAACACCUGGCUGCCAUAGAAAUCAUGAAACUCAAGCAUAUUUUGAUCUUACAAAAUAAAAUUGAUCUGGUAAAAGAAAGUCAGGCUAAGGAACAAUAUGAGCAGAUUCUUGCAUUUGUACAAGGAACAGUAGCAGAAGGAGCACCAAUUAUUCCAAUUUCUGCUCAGCUGAAAUAUAAUAUUGAAGUUGUCUGUGAGUACAUAGUGAAGAAAAUACCAGUGCCCCCAAGAGACUUUACUUCAGAACCCCGUCUCAUUGUUAUCAGGUCAUUUGAUGUCAACAAACCUGGCUGUGAAGUUGAUGACCUUAAGGGAGGUGUAGCUGGUGGUAGUAUUCUAAAAGGAGUGUUAAAGGUAGGCCAGGAGAUAGAAGUGAGGCCUGGUAUUGUUUCCAAAGAUAGUGAAGGAAAACUCAUGUGUAAACCAAUCUUUUCCAAAAUUGUAUCACUUUUUGCGGCAGGUGGCCUCAUUGGAGUUGACACAAAGAUUGACCCCACUUUGUGCAGAGCUGACAGAAUGGUGGGACAAGUGCUUGGUGCAGUUGGAGCUUUGCCUGAAAUAUUCACAGAACUGGAAAUUUCCUAUUUCCUGCUUAGACGUCUUCUGGGCAUCCGAACUGAAGGAGACAAGAAAGCAGCAAAGGUCCAAGAGCUGUCUAAGAAUGAAGUGCUUAUGGUCAACAUAGGAUCCCUGUCAACGGGAGGAAGAGUUAGUGCCGUCAAGGCUGAUUUGGGCAAGAUUGUUUUGACUAAUCCUGUGUGCACAGAAGUGGGAGAAAAAAUUGCCCUUAGCCGAAGAGUUGAGAAACAUUGGCGUUUAAUUGGUUGGGGUCAGAUAAGAAGAGGAGUGACCAUUAAGCCAACUGUAGAUGAUGACUGAAGAAUCCAAGUUAAACAAUGCCUUGGAUGGAAUUGGGAUUUCUUUUAAUGUCUAGGGGUAUAUUUUCAAAGCAAUACUAGGGAAUUAAUUUCGUAGCUCAUUACCUUAGAAGUAGCUGUAAGAAUAUUCUCAUUUUGGUGAUGAAUUCAACCUCAACUUCUAAUAUAGGGCCUACAAGUAAAUGUUAAAGUACAUACUAUAUUGGGUUAAAUCUACAUUUUAGCAGAAGUUAAACAUUCCAAAAUGAUGUCUGAUUUGUCAAUGAGUGAAAGUUUGAAGUGAAACUUCACUACAACCAGCCUUUGCUAUAGCACACAUAUCAUGAACCUCUCUAAAAUGAAAUGGUCUCUUCAUGAUUUUAUCCAGGAGUGGCUCCAUGGUGAAGGACAGUUGUUGCUGUCAAAAACAAGGGCCCACACUUUCCGUGACCCACUCCCUUUAUUUGGUCUUCUGUUAUCUGAAAUUGGAAGGGAAGGAAGACCAGUGAGCUCAAAUGAGCAAGGCUCUUAGAAAUUGAGUGCUCAGUCCCUUGCCACAGGUGACCCUUUGCUCUUAGCUUUUUCCGGGAUGGGACCAGGGCAAUCCAGCACCAGAAGGUCUCACCCUCUUCCAGUGCCCUGAGACUGUGUCUUUCUUAUUUACGCCUAAAAAUCUCAGUCUUCCCUCAGCAAAAAAUAGUAUUAUAAUGAUGGAUGAUAAAUGAUAGUUGACAAGGUUCUGUCCAGGUUGUGUUUUCUGGGGUCUUUGUUUUAGUAACAGAGUCUCCUGCAUGAUGAACAAGCACCCUACUGCUGACUACUGCCCCUAGCUGUAGUAGUUGGUAGGAUUAUGGUGUAAAUUAUGCUAUUAGUAAUCUUUGAGCCUUAGAAGAGAUAAAGACUGUUCAAAAGUAGAGUGUGUUGGUUCUAAGUCUAUCCCCCACGUGCCUGCAAUUUUCCUGUGCUGUGCUUUUGAAUUAAUCGUGAUUUUGCUUAAUUAGAUGUUCUGUUAGAGCAGUGAUUUCCAACUCUAGCUGUCAUGAGAAUUGCUGGGGAAUUAAAAAAAAAAAAAGGCUAGGCAGUGGUAGUGGUGGUAGUGCAUAACUUUAAUCCCAGCACUAUGGAGGCAGAAGCAGCUAGCCUGGUCUACAGAGCGAGUUCCAGGACGGCCAGGGCUACACAGAAAAACCCUGUCUCUAAAAACUUGGCAGGGAGCAACUCCCCAGUGUUGAGAAUGAAGUUUAAGGGGUUGAGAAAUACACAUACUGAAUAAUGUCACUGGCUUUUGGUAGUUUGAUAUUUGAUACUCUUGUUUGCUUUUCUUUUGAUUUGCAUAAAAAUGGGAUUUAAUUCCACAAUUACUGUGUUGUGAUCUUUUGCAUACUGAAGCUGCCUUAUAGAGGUGUAGGACUGUGGCUGUGAGUUUUUAAGAGUUUUGAGGAAACUGUUGACGUUACAUAUUUGAUUGACUCUGAAGGGUUGUAUUGUAGCAUGAAGAACACAUUUAAAUAAAACAAGGUUCUGAGUCAAGCAUUAAUUU